GCGGCUAGAUGGAGACAUUUCAACAACGCUUAUUUGGGGGGCCGGAUCCGGCAUCACUGAGCCCAGAGCAAUUGGAGCAGUUGCGAGAUUUCAAGAUCCAGACUCGCAUCGCAAAUGAAAAGUACUUGAGGACUCACAAAGAGGUGUCACUGCUCAUUAGCGGCUUCUUCAGAGAAAUGUUUCUGAAAAGACCAGACAACAUCCUUGAAUUUGCUGCGCACUAUUUCACAGAUCCAAGACUUCCCCACAAGAUUCACAUGCAGCUAAUUAAAGACAAGAAAGGAGUCUAAUUAGCAAAGCCACAACGCUCAGCUGCUGGGAGAAGCCAGAAGGAAUCCAGCCUCGGGGUCAUCUGGAGGCCUGAGAGCCCUAUUGCCAUCAGUCUGGGUCUCCAAGCUGUGUGGGCCUCUUCCUCCCACAGAGGUUUUCAGAGAUGUUCAUUAAAUCCAUACCCACCGGCUCUCUCUCUUACCUUCAU